UAAAGAUAGCCGACGUGAGAUGCAAACGGCGUUCGAUAGCUGGCUCGCGACGGCAUUUCCGGCGUCGCCGCCCAAAAAGGCGUCGAAGAAGGCACGGCUGCUGCAUCCCCUGCAGCGCCGACCAUUGCCGGAAUCAAGUCCGCCACGUCCACCGCACACACACCAUCGCCACAAACCCACGACGCUCCCGGCGCUGCAGGCCCCACUCGUCCCCACGUCCCAUCAACUCGCUCGGUUUCACUCGUUGGUUGCCGAGUGCAGCUGCCACGCGAUCGAGUACAAUGACACGUCGACGCUCCCCCGGGUCGCCUUCUUCCGUGCCCUAGCAAGCGCCAACCAGGUCGACAUUGGUGUCCAAGUGCCGAGCACGUUUUUCAGCGAUGGCAAGGGCGGCUUUACAUUGCUUUACACGGCCACGUCGGCCUCGAUCCUGCAAGCCAAAGCGUACGCGACCAAGGUCGCCGUGAUGAAAGAUGCCCAACAGAUCGUUCGUCUGCUGACUCGGUCGGCGCCGAUGUUGGGCAGCCAUCCCGCAGACAAACACGGGGCUUUGGUGUGCUACAAAGUGCAGCAGAGCCAAGGAAACGACUUGCAAUUCCUACAAUCCAACGUCGCCGUUCUACAGCAACUCGACUCCAUCACGAGCAGCCCAACUACGAUUGCGGCGCUGCAAGAGUACAUCCAGCCAAAGGGGUCCAAAACGUGGCUCGUCCGCAGCGUGUGGCAGUGCAAGCACCCCCCGUUCGUAUGGGUUCUCUCGGACCACGAGCACAACUUCGUUGACACCACGUCGAUGGCCACGUGCCACAUUGAUAAAUGCACCACAAGCUCGUCGUGGCCGGUGCCCAAAGCCGUCGCAGCCAACUUGGUGUGUGUGCUCGAGUCUGCGUUAAACGUCAAGUUUGCCCUGGCCGUCGUCGACUUGAUUCAGAGUGAACAAGGGCAGUGGUGGCUCACCCAAGUCAAAGCGUUUCGAUGGAAACGUGUGGUGGUGGUGCCGCCGCCACGGCACGUCGCCAGCAACCAAGACGAAGGGACCCCGCGAGCGACUUGUGCGAACAGGAGCUGCAAGCACCCUCCAAAUCCCAACCUCUCGAUGCUCUACAAGGACGUUCUCUUUUACCAUUUCGACAACGCCGGCCACGACGACCCAGCCGGUGCGUGGGAAGCUCAUCUGGCAUGCCUCCAUCGCAAAGAGCGCAAUCGGCUGUACAACCGCGCCAUGUUUUGCGACUCGUGCUAUGCUCUGUACGCAGCGAAGAAAGCCAUUCCCCCCGCGAAGCCUUCCAAGACACUUUCCAAACCCCCAGUCAACACAGACGACUUGUUGGUAGCUUUCGAGGCGGCCAUUGCCAUUCACGACGGCGCACACGUUGCUUUCGCCCCAGAAGAUGACGCACCGACUGCAACGGAGCCUAGCCCAGGAGGCGACUCUAUCACGGCGCGCGAUUCAGUGAACCAACAAGUUGAUCCUGCACCCAUUGCGUCCACGGUCAUCGCCUCGCCAAAAGCGCUUCGAGCGGAGGUCAAACCUUCUGCCAUCGAUACCACCGACCUGCCCAUUUCCUCAACAUCAAUGCCAGCAGCAACGCCAUCCUUGUACCACGUCGAGCACGCCCUGGAGGCCUGCGAUCCUGCCUACACAGAGCUUCCAUCAUCGGUUCGACCAUCCAGCACUCGACCGAUGCCUCACCAUCUUGACACACUCUGGGCCACGUUAGCCCCAGCCCCCGUGGCCCCCUCAACGAGUGCUCCCUUGGAGCGUGCCGCAACAUCCAGCAAUAGCAUUGUAGUACUACCCCGGGAAACGAUCGACCUGGAUGCGAGCCGCUUCUUCUUCGACGAUAGCUACAAGCGAUGCCUUCUGGCGACCAUUCGCACGCAUUUCCAAGCGAUGCACUGCGUGCAGGUCGAGUGCACCGACGACACGGGCGGGAAGCGAGCGCUAGCGAUACAGACGUUGUUCCUCGACGUCCAGGACGAGUGUAUCGAAGGGCAGUACGGACUCUUUCAAGCCUCGGCUGCCGCAACGUCGUCGCUAACUCUGACGCCGUUCUACUCGAUGCCUCGCUGACGACUCGACCAGUGCAAUUCUCGAGUCAAUCCAUGUCCAUUACGUUGAUCAUGUCAUGAACGAGUCGCUUCAUGUCGUGCGUUGUCAGGAUCAUGUGGGGACAAGCCACUUUCACCUUGGGCCGCCACUCUCCCGACGGCAGCACGACAAAGUAGUGCGCCGUAAACGUUGCCUGCUCCUGGUACCAUCCUGUGGCGCCUUGGGUGGUCCCUGGCAUGGCCCCGAGCACACCACACGAUUGCGCUUCCUCGUACAACGUGGCUUGGAAGUGCUUUCGUCCUUGAUGCCCGCGCACCAUCCGCUGGACUUGAACGGCCGCUUCGGCACAUUUCAAAUGGCUCGAGCGAUUGUCGAGAGCUGUGGGAUGCGCUUCCACGUGCGGCUGUGGGUAUACAACCUCGUGCGACGGCAUGAAGCUCUCUGCGACGGCCAGCAAGUCUUGUGUGUUGGGCGCUUGAAACGACAUGGCCUUGUCGGGACUGGAAAGUGGCGCCACGUUUGUCGGGGAAGGUGCAAAUCCAUCGCUUUCCUCAAGCGCAUCGUCGGGAGGGACGUCCGAAAGGAUGUGGAGAGCGUUGGCAACGAUGGCGUCCACAACGACCACCGACACAUCGUGCACCUGCGCGAGUCGGGAGGGGCUGUCUGGGGGGCUGCAUUCGUUGCAGGGAUCCUCACAGGUCGCGUCGUUGUGUGUGGUAGCAUCACAGUGUUGUUGGUUCGGCUCUCGCUGCUCGGCGAUGGAGUUUGCCGGCGGCAAAGAGAAGUCCAACUUGGAUGUGGCGUCGUCUUUGGCUGGGGACGGUGCUGGCACCACGUUGGCUUGAUCGCCUUCCGUUUCCUCGCUGGAAGUGUCUCGAAGCUCUGUCCCGCCGCGGGGGUCUAAUGUCACGUUGGCCGAAUCGAGAUGGGCGUUGCUCGGGUCGUCGAUGCGGUGCAUCUCUUUGGCGGACUCGUCGGGUGAGCCGUUUGCGCGAUUGACCUCUUUUUGCACCUCUUCCAAUUCUUUCUGCGCCUUGAGCGCGCGUACGCCGCGCACGCCGUGCGUGGUGUCGGCGGUCGCAGGACGUUCGGCAGCACCUGACUUUUUGCGCACGCGCACUUCAUAACCAUCCACGUCCAACACAACUUCUUUCACCUUGGAGAAGAGCAACUCGGACGGCGUUCCCAUGUACGCAUGGAAAAAGCUCUCGAAAGGGGACGAGACCGUUCGUUCGGCAGGAGUAGCUCGUACUUCUGGCAGCGUUUUUGUCAACUGGACGUGCACGUUAGGUACCGUUGUUGGGUCCGCGAGGGUUGCGUUGUCUGCUGUGAAAGGUGGGGCAGCUGUUGGGUCACUGGGGCUGCGGAAUUUGGGGUGGCUUACACGUCGCGGCAGGGUCUCUAUCGUGCUGACCGGUGACUGAUGUGGUGCGUUCGUCUGUGGUAUUCUUGUGCGUUGGCCUGUAGUGUCGAGCGCUGGCUUCGUGCGCGUUUGUAUUGCAGAGGGCGACGCUGCUGGGAUCACGUGCUGUCGCUGUUUAAUGGCUGGCAUGACCGUUUUCAUGCUUUCUCGUGGCCCUGUCAACAUGGCGCGUUUCUUCGCAGGAUGCUUCUUUGCAAAGGUAGACUUAGGCAAUGGACUCUUGGCAACAAUCUCCUGUAUGCGCUUCGAUGACGCCAACAACAUCGCGUUGACCUCUUCUUCCAGUCGAUAUGUGUCCACACUGUCGCCCUUUUGCUGCAUCAUACGGUGAAGCAACUUGGACUCGUGGGCUCGCGCGAGCGCAAACUCCAUCUCAAGAAGCCCUCGCUUCUCCACCGACUUGCAUUGGGCGAGUUGCAGUUCCCGCGAGUUCUCUGACGCAAUGAAGGUCUCGAUGAUGCGAAGGUUGUUUUGCUGCACAGCUGCCGCGGACGCUGUGUCCAGCGUCGGCAUCCCUCGCUUCGUUGCCAUCUCGGCGGCGGCUUUUUCGCCUUUGCACCGAC